AUGUCUAUGCCCGCAGAUCAUAAGCCGUCCAAGACGCCCCUGAAGACCCCAGCAGUCCCACGGCCGAGCGCGAGUGUACUCUUGAUAUCGCCCACAAACCAGAUCCUCCUCCUCCAUCGCGUCUCCAAGGCCUCCAGCUUUGCCUCUGCACACGUCUUCCCCGGCGGCGCUCUGUCCAAGACACACGAUGGCGAGAUACCAGAUGUAAACGACCCAGCCAGACAUCGAGAUGGACCCGCAUACCGCAUGGCAGCCGUGCGCGAGACCUUUGAAGAAUGCGGCAUCCUACUUGCCAAAAGCAAGAAGACGGGAAAGCUGUUCACCGAGAUAAGCGACGAGGAACGUGAACAAGGCCGAAAAGAUGUGCACAGCGGCAAAAUCAAGUUUAGAGACUUACUAGAGACUUGGGGCGCUGUGCCCGACACGGAUGCUUUGAUUCCCUUUACACGCUGGGUAACACCUGGUAACGUGCCCAAACGCUUUACAACGCAAAUGUACAUCUACUUCCUCCCCCUCGGAUCCACGUCGCCUACCAAACGCGCUGCUCCCAAGGGCACCCCGCCAUUAGCGGGCUUGGAACAGGAGGAUGAGAUUGUGAUUCCGAAGCCGACGCAUGAUGGUGGUAUCGAACACACCGCAGCACGAUUUCUUCCUCCAAACAAAUGGAUUGAUCUGGCGCGCCAGAAUAGGAUUAUCCUCUUCCCGCCGCAGUUUAUCCUUACUUUGCUGUUAUCUCCUUAUCUUGCUGCCAGCGUCACGUCCCCCUCGUCACCUACACCAUCACUUUCCGGACUCCAGGCCGAGCGCGACAGGUGUAUCGAGUUCCUAGAGAAACCACGUGUGUAUGAUGGUACGCCAGAGGUUUCCUUUGCAGAAGCGUGUAUCUUGCCCCUCGUUUUGGGCAAAGGCGAGUAUGGGCAAAGUGGCCAGGAUGGGGUUGGGGGUGUAGACAAGCACACUGCGGUAUUGGCGCUGGAUAGGCCGGGCAAGGAGGUGGAGGAGCAGGGUCAGGAUAGGAGGGGGCUGAGGGAGUGGGUUGUUACGACAAAGUUCAAGAAGGAGGGGCCGAGGGAUGUAGAUGUUAGGCGGAGAGAUGAGGUGUUGGGGAGACAGAGUGGUGUGAAGUUAUAG